GCGCAGAGGUGGUACACGGAGCAAAGUCACAACAGAGGGAAGCUGCGUAAAGACGCAGGAGGAGGAAGAGACACCGAGAGGACACUGUGAGGACACUGCGAGGAGAGGUCAAUCCACGAUUCUUUUUCACUUUUUAAAAGAAAAAAAUAAAUAGAGACUGGUGAAAACUGCUGCUGCUGCGCGAUAUUGGACCCAAAUCGAGUGGAGAGCCGCGUCUGGAGAAGGAGCCUCGCCUCUCACCGCCUCACGUUUGAUCAUCCAGCAAGGACACUCAAUUCCACUGAGCUUCUUCUUUGAUCCUUCACUUCCUCCAUGAGCCCAUGCUGCUGCUCUGCUGCUGCUCCAAGAUGGCAGGAGAUGAUGACAAAUAACUGAGAGAAAAAGUACGAAAAAGUCUUCGAUUGUGACUGAAAUAUUUUGCAGAGGAUAGCUCAACACUUUUCCAGCUCUAAACUUUAAAAAAGGAAAACUAUUAAGACACAGACAAUGGCGUCCUAUGCGGCUGCUCCACAACAAGAGGAGAGUAAUGGCACCGCUCCAUCUGGGAAGUCUAAAGGCACUGACGACUCCAUGAAGCUGAAGAAGGAGAUCUCCCUCUUGAACGGGGUCUGCCUGAUUGUGGGCAACAUGAUCGGCUCGGGGAUCUUCGUCUCACCCAAAGGCGUCCUCAACCACAGCGCUUCCUACGGUCUCUCUCUGGUGGUGUGGACUGUCGGUGGCAUAUUCUCCGUGUUUGGAGCCCUCUGCUACGCCGAGCUGGGGACCACCAUCACCAAGUCAGGGGCGUCCUACGCAUAUAUCUUGGAGGCCUUUGGCGGGUUCAUGGCCUUUAUCCGCCUGUGGACGUCGCUGCUCAUCAUCGAGCCGACCAGCCAGGCCAUCAUAGCCAUCACGUUCUCCAACUACAUGGUGCAACCUAUUUUCCCCACCUGUAUAGCUCCAUACCUGGCCAACAGGCUGCUGGCUGCUGCGUGUAUAUGUUUGCUGACCUUCGUGAACUGUGCCUAUGUGAAGUGGGGCACCCGGGUGCAAGAUUUCUUCACCUACGCCAAAGUCAUCGCCCUCAUCGCUGUUAUCAUCACCGGCCUGGUGAAGAUUGGAGAAGGCCACACUCAGAACUUUGAGGGCCUUUUCGAUGGCUCCUCUCAGGACCCGGGGCACAUCGCUCUGGCUCUGUACUCGGCUCUGUUCUCCUACUCUGGAUGGGACACCCUCAACUUUGUCACAGAGGAGAUCAAAAACCCAGAGAGGAACCUGCCGCUGGCAAUUGCUAUUUCAAUGCCCAUAGUGACUGUGAUCUACAUUCUGACCAAUGUGGCGUACUACACCGUCCUGCCCAUCAAUGCAAUCUUGGACAGCGAUGCUGUCGCUGUGACAUUUGCCGACCAGGUGUUUGGCGUAAUGAACUGGACCAUUCCCUUGGCUGUGGCUCUGUCCUGCUUCGGAGGACUAAACGCCUCCAUCUUGGCAGCCUCCAGGUUGUUCUUCGUGGGCUCCAGAGAGGGCCACCUCCCUGACUACCUGUGCAUGAUCCAUGUCCACCGCUACACUCCCAUCCCCGCACUGCUCUUUAACGGCAUCAUGGCUCUAAUAUACCUGUGCGUGGAAGACGUCUUCAGGUUGAUUAACUACUACAGCUUCAGCUACUGGUUAUUUGUGGGUCUGUCCAUUUUGGGGCAACUGUAUCUGCGGUGGAAGCAGCCAGACAGGAAGAGACCCCUAAAGCUCAGUCUCUUCUUCCCCAUCGUUUUCUGUCUCCUCACCGUCUUCCUCGUGGUUGUGCCGCUCUACAGUGACACCGUCAACUCCCUGAUCGGCAUCGGCAUCGCCCUGUCAGGAGUGCCCGUUUACUUCCUCUGCUGCUACACUCCAGCCAAAAAGAGGCCGAUGUGGCUACGCCGCUUCAUUGCUAAAUCUGGCGUGCUGAUUCAGAAGGUGUGUUACUCUGUCCUCACUGAAAUGGAUGAAGACAAAGCAGAGUAGGCGUUAUUCAACACCCAGCUGGAGGCGGACAACGCACAAACAAGAAGCUCUACUUGAACUCAUCUUGGCCGGUCGUUUCUUUGACCUCUACAGAACGAACAUUUGGGGUUAAGAUGGACCCAGCUGUCAAUCAUCACCCGGUGAUAAUGUUGAUGUAUGAUGGCACUUGGGUGCUUGACGGCAAAGUCUUCAGUUGACUCUGGCUUUCAGGAGAACAGUUAAAUGUAUGCCCAGGGAAAUCGUCUCCUGUUUGUAUUACAGAACAGCCAAGAAGUAUUUAAUUGAUAUGUCAAGUAUUUGAAAUUUCGUACGUGAUACACGAUACCUUUCUGAUCAAAGUGGAAGGUGACAAAUAUGGUUUAAUUCUUUACGUGGAUAGGAGAUUGUCCUGAAAACCGCCACCAAUGCUGACCAUACAAAAAACAGCCUCAAUGUUGUUAUGAAUAUAAUUUGCAAUAAGCAGAGCGAGGAGUAACAUAGAUUAGAGUAUGUUAACUUCACAUUUACUGUGGAGUAGAGGCAUUUUUAUCCUGCUAUCUGUCAGGUCUAAUGAAGGGCUAUUUUUACACAAAGUAACUCUUUUUUUCCUAUGGACUGUUAAAUUAAUGUUUGAGCUCAAAUGCAUAUUUAUAAUAAAAUUACUAGUUAAUGAACAA